UGCAUAAUUUACGUGUAUUGCUGGUAGGUGCUCAGUCGACGGCGGUCCGAUUGAUUUUAUUAUAAGCUAAUAUUCUGAGUAAUUGCAUCAACACAUAGUGGCUUUACGAUAAGAGCAUAUCCGUAGAGCAACAUCUCCACGCUAACAGCUGUUCCAGAUAACAGAUAGGAUCCCAUCACCUUAUCUCACAUCGUACUUGGAAGAUAUAAUCCAGCUGCUGAAGAUCUUUGGAGCACCCUGUUGGCACCCUCGGCGCAAAUCCUUCCGUUAGUCAAUGUUGGAUCAUCGCCUUUCACACACGCCGGCGUACGGGAAACGAUGGAAAAGUUGGUGCUGUACACGAACAAAAAGAGCCCACCGUGCCGUGCGGUGAAGCUGACCGCCCGUGCCCUUGGCAUCCAGCUGACCGAGAAGGAGAUGACACUGCUGCGAGGUGACAAGCUGAUGGAAGAGUUCCUUAAGGUGAAUCCGCAGCAAACGAUACCGGCGCUGGAUGAUGGAGGAGUCGUUAUCACCGCCAGUCACGCCAUCAUGAUUUAUCUCGUGUGUAAGUUCGGCAGCGACGACAGUCUCUACCCAAGCGAGCUGGUCCGGAGGGCGCGCGUCCACACGGCCCUCCAUCUCGAGGCGGGCGUUAUCUUUUCACGGUUAAGUUUUUUGUUUGAACCGGUAAUUUAUUCGGGCAAAUCGUACUUCCACUCCGAUCGUGUUGAGCACAUCCGGAAAGCGUAUCGCCUGCUGGAGGAUUUCCUCGUGAACGAGUACAUGGUCGGGGAUAGCCUAACGAUAGCCGAUUUUAGCUGCAUCUCUAGCAUCGCGACCCUGGUCGGUGUGGUUCCACUGGACGAAGCCAAGUUCCCCAAAAUUGCUGCCUGGAUCAAGCGUAUGGAGGAGCUACCGUACUACGAGGAGGCGAACGGCACGGGAGCGCUCGAGCUGGCCGAGUUCGUGCUGGGAAAGAAGGAAGCCAACGCGCAACAGUUUAUGUGACCGGCGGCAAGAAUCUCCAAUAAAUCUCUUUCACUUUAAGAUGCUCAUA